AAUGGUAGGCGAUACACUAUAUAGGUUAUACGGUAAUGCGAUAGAUCGCAAGGGAUAAAAUGGUGCACUACGUGGAUAUGCCAUAACGUGGUCGUCUUGCGCAUGACUGCACCGGAGAUUGCUGUCAGUCUCUCUAAGACAAUGAAAUAUAACGUACGAUAAUCCCAAUCUUAUGAGAGAAUUUGUACUUUCGAAGUUAGAUCUCAUUUAAACAUACACAAAAUGUCAAACUCUCGAGAGCCCGAGGUACAAAAUUUAAAGGAACUAGGAAAUGCCUGUGUUAAAGAACAAAAAUAUGAAGAGGCUAUGUUUCAUUACACUCAUGCGAUCAAAUUGGAUCCACUAAAUUAUUCUCUCUACAGCAACCGUUCCUUUGUCUUUUUAAAGAUGCAGCAAUAUCAUUUUGCGAUGGAAGACGCUCUAAUGACUAUACAAUUAAAACCUGACUGGACGAAAGGUUAUUUUAGGAAAGCUGAAGUUGAAUCUCAAACUUUCCGUUUUAGUGAAGCUCUACAAUCUUACAACAAAGCACUGUCACUGCAACCAAACGAACCUGGAAUUUUAAAAGCAAUUAAUAGAGCAUCUACAAUGCUAAUGAAGGAUAGAAGAGCCGAUCAACAAAUCCCAUGGCUCGGCGCAGGAGUUGGUAUCAUUCUUGGUGUAAUAGUCGUUAUAGCAGAUUAUGUAUUUACUAACAAGCCUACAUUGACGCACCCAUUAUUGAUGGCCUUACUGACUAUUUCAAUCGCAAUGCUAGGAUUUUGUAUUGCAAAAGGAUUUCGUUAUUUUGUUAAAUGUCAAAGGAAAUCGUUGCUUGAACCACCAAUAGAUCUUUAUCCUGAAAGCAACAAGGACAAGUUUGAGAAUAACGAAGCUGAUAAAGAAAAUGAACAAGAGAAACAUCCAAAAUAUAGUAAAGCUUUAGCUAGACAAAGGUUUAAAAAAGGAAAAUCGUAGUGUGUUUCAUUUAAAAAAUCUUCAUUUUUGUUGCAUUUUUAUAUUUUAAUUGAAAACUUAUUGUCUAUUUACAUGUUACAUUUGAUUUAUUUAUUUACUCUGAUUAGUUUACAAAUUAAAUAUUCACAUACACAAUUGCACUUAUUAUGCUAUCGAUAAUAAGUAUAAUCACCGGUAAAUUUUGAUAAACGUUCAUCAAUUAAAAACAAUAUAAUCUCAGUUUUUCGAUAAUGUCAUUUUUAUAUACAUUUCCGGAAUCAUAAAUAUUGAAUAUUUAUCCCAAAUAAGUAUAAUACAACGAAUGUUUUCUUUUUUUUGAGGGCGUAAGUAUACAGGUAAUUAUGCCGAUUAUUACAUUUCUACUUAUUUUCUAUAUAUCUCUUUCAUAUAUUUUAACUUUGCAAUAGUACUCACUUAUAUAAACAAAACUAAUUGCAUAUAGCUGGAUUUAGUCUUAAAUCAAUAAAAUAUAACAAGAAGGGAGAUUAUACGUACGUCCAAUACAAUUUUUAUUGACGUUAUAUAUUAUAUUAACAAAACCACAAGAAUUAAAAUUAAACCGACUGUCACAAUAUUAUCGUGCAUAACAUCGAUGUAAAAAUUAAUUAAUGAUGAAAUAUGUGAAAGGAAAAUUAAUCUAAAUGUUUUUACUCACUGUGUAUAUUAAAACAAAUUUUCUACCGCAACAUGAUCUUAUAAAUAAAGAUACGAUAGUAAAAAAAAAAA